AAAUUCCAGUGUAGACGUUGGCAUAAGUAGCCAUGAAAAAAUGCGAUCUGUACAGAAGAUGUUUAAGUGCCACCCCGAUGAGGUGAUGUCCAUCAGGACCACCGACAGAGAGUACUUCCUCAUCGGCAGCGACAGGGAGAAGAUUAAAGACUGGGUCUCGUUCAUGUCAUCAUUCUGCCGGGAUAUGAAAGCAGCACGCCCGAAUGCAGAGGAGACACUCUCAUUGGCUGCAAAAAGGCCCUCUUCAGACCCCAGCCCUCUCCUCGGGUAUUCCAGCACAUCGGAGGCCGUCGGCUCCACCACAUCAAGAAAUACUCUUCCAGACAUGCAUUUAAUGGAAAAAAGUCCUCCAGGACUCAGACAAGCUCAUCUACUACAUGAUUUCUUGACAGAGACUACUCAGGAUACGGAAGAAGAGAGUCACUAUAUUAGUCCUCGAAGUAUUCUUUUAGAGUUGGAUAAUAUUAUUGCUGCCAAUGAAUCUGAUGAACCCACUGAACUUGAUAGUCCAGACCAGGUCUCUGAGAGACUUGAGCAUCAUUACAUGUCAAUGAAAUCCUGUUUGUUCAAAGAGACAACCGAUGAGUCUGCUCGUAGCGAAGAGGAAUCCCAGGCCCUUCCAGAGACCCAGAACAGGGAGCUUCGCCUGCAAGAACAAGGUUCCAGGAGUGACUCUUGCCUUCCACCUGCCACAACAGAGGCCCAGACCAUGAAUGGCAAAAAGGGGUCGACCUCACUAACUGUUGUGCAAUUGUCCAUAUUAAUCAAUAACAUUCCUGAAGAAAGCCACUUGGAGAAACUGAAUGUGUUCCUUUCUCCUCUCGACGUCACCAAUUAUUUGGGUCUCACAGAAGCUUCAGGACUGAUAUGUGUGGCUGCGUGGAAGGGACCCCCACGCCUGGGAUGCUUAUUUUUUCACGGAGACCACCUUUUGGCCGUGAAUGACCUAAAGCCCCACAGUCUGGAAGAGGCCUCCUUGUUUCUCAGCCGGUCCAUCCAGAAGGAGAAAGUGAAACUCACUAUAGGCCGGAUCCCAAAUUCCGAGAAAUUCCACGCUAUAGACUGUACAUGCUCCUUCAAAUACCAAGACGUCGUACCUUCUGAAUUGGAAAAGUCUGAACUAGAUAGGGCACUGAAGAGGAGCCCAGCCAUUAGAAAGGGCCAUCAGAAGAGAACUGGGGAGUAACAUGUGGGACCCACCCAAGGGGUGGGGAUAGGACCCGGACUCCGUACUGGACUCUGCCACUUAUCGCUGUGUGAGGAAAGGCAAGUCAGCACACCUCUCUGAAUUCCCACAGCUGCCUCUGCACAAUGGGACUGACUACACCCUCGCUGGCAACUGCGUCAGGGGCGUGAAGUGGGCCAAGUGGGAUAAAGACUACGGGACAUAGUGAAAAUAGGAGGCCUUCUCUCAGACUUCGUUCCAAACAGCACAGACAGAGAUUGGGUAAUUCCCUCACUGAGAAUGUGCUGUGCGCUCUGAGGUCACAGUCCACAUAAUCCCUUCUUUGUUAGGGAACGUGCUGUUGGAAAUACUCAUUCCGGGAAGGCAAGAUUCCUGAGAGAGAUGUGAUAUCAUUCAGCCUUCCCAACACUUCCUGCUACACAUCAUGCCUGUGGUCCAGAACGCUGGGACAAACUGCAACACACACGAAAGAAAGAGAGAGAGAGAGAGAGAGAGAGAGAGAGAGAGAGAGAGAGAGAGAGAGAGAGAGAAAGAAAGAAGAAAAAUAAACAGAAUGCUGAGAUAGAGUGGCCUCUAGAAUUCAAUAAUUAUCUUUUUUAAAGACCCAGUAACUAUGUUAGAAGUUAAAGCAGUUUUAGGUCAUAUCCAGCAAAGACCUACUUGCUCUCUAAAUAAGAGAACCACUUAGCACUUCUAAGUUUGGAAGGUCUUAACUAAUGGAUGCAUUAACUAAUUGAUCCCGGACGGGCAAAAGAACCCAAUCUUUUUUCAUACGUAGGAAAACAAAGGCAGAGAGCCAAAGGACUAACCCAGCCUGGGGAUGGUAGAGCAACAGGGGGCUUCAGAAAAGACAGGGUGGGCAAAAAGUAGGUUUACAGUGGUUUGUAUAGAAAACAGUACAAUAAUUAAUAAAUAAUAAGACAAGCAUAAACUCAGUUGGGAGUUUGGCAUACUCCUACUAUAAACCUACGUUGCCCACCCUAUAUGUUUUACCAGCUGUGAUUUUGCAUGGGAAGAAAUCAAGGCCUCGAACAUUUAAUGAUCUACUGCCUUUGUGGCUCCCCGUUUCACACCUGCUAGUGGCAGAACCAAGAAUCUAAAACCAGCUCUGAGAAGCAGGUGUCCUGAUCCCCACUUUGUAUUUAGAUUUAGGUUGGAAAAGACCUUCAGCACAUAGAAGAGACAUUCAAAUACAGUUCAUUUUCUGUUAAUGAAAUCUUUACCUAAUGACCAAGGAUUUGGCAGGAUCUCAGAGCCAUUCAUUCUCAGUAUCAACUCGGGCUAGAUGGUUCUGGAAAACGAAAGGUUUAAGUGAACUUUGCACUCACAGGUCGAACUCUGGAGCUGGCCUGCCUAAGUUGGCAGCCACUAGCCACAUGUGGCCUUUUACAUUUAAAAUUAGGUAAAAGUUAAAAUUUAGUUUCUCGGUUGCACUAGCCACCUUUGGAAUGUGCAGUAGCCCUAUGUGGCAGGUGGCUACAGCAUUACCCAACAAAGAAUACGUCCAUCCUCAUGGAAAGUUCCAGAAAACAAGGCUGCUCCUCAGUGUUCAACUUCCAAGAGGGGAACAGGUCACAUUUGCCUCAUUCAAAAGCAUUAUUCUAUUUUGAUAAUGUUUCCAAAUAAAAUAUUCACAUCAA